GCUCAGCCCGACGCGCCUGCGCAGAGCGGCCGCCCCGAGGCUAUGAGGGUGCUGGUGCGACGCUGCUGGGGGCCCCGGCCCGUGGGAGGCGGCGCGGGCCGGAGGCCGAGCCCCCAGUGGCGAGCGCUGGCCGGGCUCGGCGGGGAGGACGGCCGGGGCACCCGCGUCCGUGAGAAGCCGCCCUGGCGGGUGCUCUUCUUCGGCACCGACCAGUUCUCCCGCGAGGCGCUGCGGGCGCUGCACGCCGCCAGGGACAACAAAGAAGAAGAGUUAAUCGAAAAAUUGGAGGUGGUCACGGUGCCUUCCCCAUCACCAAAAGGACUGCCAGUGAAGCAGUAUGCUGUCCAGUCGCAGCUGCCAGUGUAUGAGUGGCCAGAUGUCGGAUCUGGAGAAUAUGAUGUCGGAGUGGUCGCUUCAUUUGGCCGACUUUUGAGUGAGGCUCUUAUUCUUAAAUUUCCCUAUGGCAUAUUGAAUGUCCACCCCAGUUGCCUCCCAAGGUGGCGUGGUCCAGCCCCUAUAAUCCAUACUGUGCUUCAAGGAGACACAAUUACUGGAGUAACAAUUAUGCAAAUCAGGCCUAAAAGAUUUGAUGUAGGUCCAAUUCUCAAACAGGAAACCAUUCCUGUGCCCCCCAAGAGCACUGCAAAGGAAUUGGAAGUAGUGCUGUCAAGACUGGGUGCCAACAUGCUUAUUUCAGUUUUGAAAAAUUUGCCUGAAAGUUUGAAGAAUGGAAGGCAGCAGCCAACUGAGGGGGUGACACAUGCCCCUAAGAUUUCUGCUCGUACCAGCUGUAUAAAAUGGGAGGAACAAACUUCAGAGGAAAUAUUCAGACUUCAUCGUGCCAUUGGAAGUAUAAUUCCGUUACAGACACUCUGGAUGGAUAACACCAUUAAACUUCUGGAUUUGGUAGAAGUUAAUCGUUCAGUCCUCACUGAUCCAAAAUUAACAGGACAGGCUGUUAUUCCAGGAUCCAUAAUAUACCACAAACAGUCACAAAAACUUCUGGUUUGUUGCAAGGAUGGCUGGAUUGGUGUUCGGUCAGUGAUGCUCAAGAAAACACUAACAGCUGCUGAUUUCUACAAUGGAUAUUUGCACCCCUGGCACCAGAAAAACUCCCAAGCUCAUCCAAGUCAAUGCAGAUUUCAGACUCUCAGACUUCCAACAAAGAAGCAGGGGGAAAAAAUUGUUGCUAUGCAACAGUGCACUAAGUAGUUUAGAAAGAAGAUAGAUAAGACCUAUUACAUAUUUGUAAUUUAUUAAAAGCCUUAUUCAUAAGGAAUUACUUUGAUUUUCAAGGAAUAUGACACUGUUGGAGAAGAGAAGAUUAUCCAAAAGGUUAAUUACCUCACUUCCUGCUUUUUGUUUAACAAUAGUUAAAAACUUUUCUAGCCUGGGCAAUGUGGCUCAGUGAUUGAGCCAAGUGGUCACGGUUCAAUUCCUGGUCAGGGCAUAUGCCCGGGUUGUGGGCUCGAUGCCCAGUGUGGGGCAUGCAGGAGGCAGCCGAUCAAUGAUUCUCUCUCAUCAUUGAUGUUUCUAUCUCUCUCCCUCUUCCUUCCUCUCUGAAAUCAAUUUAAAAAAAAACAACCACACAACUUUUCUACUUGAAUAACAAAAGAAACUUUAAAUAAAAAUUUUAUUUAUGUCAAAGUCAAGGAGAUUUUAUAUUUCCCUAAGAGCAAGUUCAACUAACUGAUAAUGCAUAUGUAUACUGAAGAGGUUCUUUAAAAGCAUCUAUUACAUUUUUAAAAUUUAUGUACUCUGACUAGGUUUUCAUUCAGGAGUAAUCUGCAUUUCUGAUUUUCAGCAAGUAGUAAAGUCAGUUAUUUAAAUUCCUCUACUAUCUAGUUCCCAUCAAGUAGUAAACAGACAAUAGUAAUCUGUCACAUUGAGCUUUACUGUAAAUUCACAUUUUACAUCUAGGUUUUCUUGAAGUAGGAAUAUCCUAACACUUUUCAAUGUAUUUACACAAUAAAAGUUAUUGAGCAUCUGGUCUGUGCAAACUCAA